AUGCUCUGCGCAGCAUUUAUCCGCAGCACGAAUGCCCUCAGCACUAGUGCCAAAUGCCACGCGCGGCGCGGCCUCGCAGCGCGCCCGCGGCGGCGCGCGAUCGUCGUCCAGGGCCAUCCGCGCAACGCCUUCGCCGGCUCCUACGACUUCGACGCCCUGGUCGCCAGCAAUCCGCGGCUCUCCGCGCACGUCAUCGCGGCGGCGGACGCCAUCGGCCGGCGCGACACGGUCGACUGGGGCGACCCGCGCGCCGUCCUCGAGCUCAACCGCGCGCUCCUCGCGAGCGACUACGGCGUCGGGGACUGGUCGCUGCCGCCGCGGUCGCUCUGCCCGCCCGUGCCGUCGCGCGCGGACUACGUGCACCACGUCGCCGACGUGCUCGCGACGAGCGGCGGCCUCGCGGCGCCGCCGGCGGACGUCGUGGGCCUCGACGUCGGGACGGGCGCGUCGCUGAUCUACCCGCUGCUCGGCCACGGCGCCUACGGCUGGCGGUUCGUCGCGAGCGACGUCGACGCGGCGUCCUGCGCGCACGCGAAAAACCUCGCGGAGCGCAACGGCCUGGCGGACCGCGUCCGCGUCCGCCGCCAGCCCAAUCCAGCCGCGUGCUUCGAGCGCGUGCUCGACGGCCCGGUCGACUUCACGAUGUGCAACCCGCCGUUUUACGAGAGUCGCGACGCCUUCGAGGCGGAGAACGCGCGCAAGCGGCGCCAGCUCGCCAAGGCCUCGAAGAAGCGGAACCCGACCUACGUCGCGUCCGCCGGCAACGAAGAGGGCUCGGACAACUUCGGCGGCGGCGACUCGGAGCUCUGGACGCCCGGCGGCGAGCGCCGCUUCGUCUCGGACAUGAUCGCGGAGAGCGCGCGCUUCCGGGAUUCCUGCCUCUGGUUCUCGUCGCUCGUCUCGCGGCAGAAGCUGCUCCCCGUCCUCGAGGGGGCGCUCAAGCGGCUCCGCGUCAAGGACACGACCGUCGUCGCGACGGGCCGCGGCCAAAAGACGGCGACGCUCCUCUUCUGGAGCUUCAAGACGCGCGCCGAGCAGCGCGCCUGGGCGCGCGACCGGGGCUGGGGUACAUAG